CAUAAAACAUGGAUACCCUACACAGCACAUAAAAGUGCAGCAACCAGCUAUAUAAUACAAUACAACAGUGUACUCUCUUUUUCUCUCUCACUCAAUAUAACUCUCCCACUCACUCCUUCCCACCACCGCAUUUCAGUACUAUCAUCAUCAUCAUCAUCGUCAAUGGCGAGCACCACAGAGCCGGAGCUCCACCGUGACGGCGAUGACAACGCGUCCCAGGAGGACGAGGAUACCGGAGCUCAGGUUGCUCCGAUUGUGAAGCUCGAAGAGGUGGCCGUCACCACUGGCGAGGAGGACGAAGAUCCCAUUCUUGAUCUGAAAGCGAAGCUGUAUCGGUUCGACAAGGAAGGGAAUCAGUGGAAGGAGCGAGGCGGUGGGAAUGUGAAGCUAUUGAAACACAAGGUUACUGGAAAGGUCAGGCUCCUCAUGCGCCAAUCCAAGACUCUUAAGAUAUGCGCAAACCAUCUCGUUCAUGGCAGUUUGACAGUACAGGAGCAUUCUGGGAAUGAGAAAUCCUGUGUGUGGCAUGCUUCUGAUUUUGCAGAUGGAGAAUUGAAGGAUGAGCUGUUCUGUAUUAGGUUUCCCUAUGUUGAGAACUGUAAGACCUUCAUGACAACUAUGCAAGAGGUGGCUGAAUCACAAGGAGAGGAGGAAGAGGAAAACAAAGAUGCUUCAGAUACUGCCGCUAUCCUUGAGAAACUAACUGUUGGUGAGGAUAAACCAGUGGGGAAAGAGCCAGAAAAGGUCACCAAAACCGAAAAGCUAACUGUUGGAGAGAAUAAAUCAGAGGAGAAAAAGACAGAAGAGGUCACAAACACGCACAAGAAAGAUGAACAUGGUGUAGUAUAAGAGAAUCAAAAGAUGAAUCAGCUCCACCAGCAUAGUAUUUGAUGUGCCUGGUGAAUGAAUGAUUUGUUCUUUUAUAGUUUGCUUUUUUUUGUUUUUUGUUUUCUUUAAGAUUAGUAACCUAUAUUGAAACCUCAGGAUGUGGAAUUGUGGUUGGGAUGAAGAUUUGAUUCUGUCAGUUGAGUCCUGCGAUUGUGGAAUUGUGGUUUGCAAGCAUGCUUGGAUGGUUUUGUGAUUGUGGGUUUUCAUUUUUCUCAUGUUUUAUUCAAUUGAGUUUAGUAUUUCCUUUCAAACGAAUAUUUUUCUUAUUUUUUUAGGGCAAUUAUACAUCUGGGAUAUGUAUUUGAUGUUUUGGAUUCGUCGGUUUUGUUGUGGCUUCUACAUUUUUUAAAUGAUUACUAUGGAGUCGCUGUUUUGUUUUGUUA